CAGAGGUUGUGGGAGCAGCAGCUUUGUCCUCGUCAUUCGCAUUCAUUCAUUCAUUCAUCCAUCCAUUCAGCCAUCAUUUCAUCUAUUCACCCAUUCCUCCAUUCAUCCACCUAGAAACACCCCAUCGUGAAUCAUCGUCCUCACGAUCCAGAAAGAAGUAUCUGCUGAAUCUCGUCUCUCGCGCGCCUGCGUCUGGCACAUAAGACCAAACUAUUGUUCCUCGAUCGCGAACCCGCCUUCGGUGGAGAGCUUCAAGAUAAGUAUCUCAGCAGCUGCCAACCACGCUGGUUCUCUCUCUCACACACACUCUCUCUCAGAGAAAGCAGUAUCAGGUCAUCUACAUGCUGUUGGGAGGUUAGCAAUCGAAUGCUGACACGCGGAGGAUACCAAUUGCAAAGUCCGACCUAUGAGAGGGUAUAGCGUCGAACACAGCGUCUUCUGUGAGGCGUGCAGCAGUGUUGUGUGACCUCCAACGCAAAUUGUCGAGCUGUGAUGAAGUAAGCAGUUAAACAAUAGUAUGCCAAGGUACAACUAGGAGGUACCUUAAGGUAGUAGAUCUACACACUGAUCCGGAUUCAUAUCGUUCUAGUGUCGGCCCCGAAGCGAAAGCACUCUUUCCAUCGUUUGCUCUAUAAGACCGACAUCAACCAACCCGACACCAACUCACCGCAUCAAUGUCUUCUCCCAAAGCCCUUCCCACAGGCUCGAUGGUACUGGUAACAGGAGUGAACGGAUUCGUCGCCUCCCAUGUUGCCGAUCAACUCCUCGAACACGGCUAUGGCGUACGAGGAACCGCUCGCGACGAAGUGAAACUCAACCUCGCACUCGAUGCUUUACGAAAGCGCCACCCGGACAGUACAGUGGAAGGCGUAGUAGUACCGGACAUGGUGGCAGACCAUGCCUUUGACGAAGCCAUGUCCGGUGUAUCAGGAGUAGCUCAUGUGGCUUCAGAUGUCAGCUUCUCUCCUGAUCCCGCAGUCGUAGUCGGGAACGCCGUCGCAGGUGUAAUCAAUGCCUUGAAAGCAGCUGCGCAAACUCCCACCGUCAAGCGAGUAGUCUACACUUCAUCUUCCAUCGCCACUGCGCACCCGCGGCCCAAUGUGGCAUUCCACGUGAAUACCGACUGUUGGAACGAAGAAGACAUGAACUUGGUCAAAGACCCCCACGCCGACCGAGAAGACCUCAGCUGGCCCUUUCACGUCUACGGUGCAUCCAAAGCCGAGUCCGAGCGCGCAGGUUGGAAUUUCAUGAAAGAAAACAAUCCCCAUUUCGUCUUCAAUGCUGUAAACCCCAACCUCGUCCUCGGCCCCAUCCUCUUCGGCUCCGGCUCCACAGCCGGCUGGAUCAACGCCCUCUACAACGGCGACGCCGCCACGGCGCGAUCUCUCCUAGCCCUGCCACCACAACACAUGGUACACGCACGCGACGUAGCGCUUUUGCAUCUCGCAGCCCUGCUCGAGCGGGACGUGACGGGAGAGAGAAUUCUCGCAUUCGCGGAGCCGUACAAUUUCUCGUCGUUGGUGGAUACGUUGCAUCGGAUUGAUCCCGAGAGGAAGUAUGCGGAGAAAGCGGCAGAGGGGCAGGAGUCGAGGGAUUUGAGUGUGGUGGAUACGAAUAGGGGAAAGGAGUUGUUGAGGAGAUAUGGUCGGGUGGAGGGAUUUGAUGGGUUGGAGGCGACGUUGAGGGAUCAGUUGGCUCAUGUGAAGUGAGGGGGAGAGGGCGCACAGGGGCAAAAUGAAUAUGAGCUUUGGGAUGGGGUGGACUUGGUAUGACAGAAUUGAAAACUACCUACUCG